CUCAACACCCAACACGUAAGCACCCACGACCCUCAACUCCACCACAUCGACAGCACCCUCCGCACCCAUCCUGACCUUCACAGUCUUGCUGCUACCCACGGCCUUCCAUACCCACCCCAUAUGGAACCAGCCUUCACGCCGCGGUAAACACCAAUCCUCACAUACAACUUCAGAUCUCCAAACAAUCAUACGGUCUUCCACCUCCACCACACCACAGCAUCAUCACCUCUCAGAGCCCGUAAUCACCAUUCUGGAACAACGCCCAUACAGCUCACCACCACAAUCAUCACUUCUGAAAGCCCAUAGCACCACUGCGCCUCAGCCCACGCAGCACCACUGCGCCUCAGCCCACGCAGCACCACACACCUCUAUCUGCAUGGAGAACAACGCCAUCGCAGCCACCCCUACGCCACCGAGCACUAACAACAUCGCAGGCACCACUACGCCGCCGCCGAGCAAUAACAACGCUACAAAAGGCGAAAGUUCAAAUGAUGAGCAUCUAAUUGAUAUUGAUACUGAAGUUUGGAAUGAUGCCGAUAAAGCGUCAAAUGCAAGAGAAAGGACUCCAAGUAUACCAAAGAUUCCGACCGCUUUGAGAAAUAGUCAAAAUCAAAAGUUGCCUCAGUGGUUUAAACCAAGCGUGAUUUCAAUUGGUCCCUAUUACUAUGAUAACAGGGAUUGCCGGGAAGCACAAAAGCUCAAGUCUGGGCAUGCUAAGAAGUUCAUUGAGGAAAGUCAGCAGGAGAAAGAUGUUUUGUACCUCAAAAUUAAGAAAAAGACACCGGAACUGAGGAAGUGCUAUGAUAAUAAGGCAAUAUGUGAAAUGACCGACCAGACACUGGCGACGAUUUUCUUGCUGGACGGGUGUUUUUUACUACAUUUCAUCAACUACAGCAGCAAGAAGGAUGGGUCCGAUAUUUUGGGUUUUACAAAUCAUGAAAUGGCUCAUAUAAAAGAGGACUUGUUCUUGCUGGAGAACCAACUUCCCUAUAAAGUCCUCAAGCUGCUGUUCAAGGACGCAAAAAAUUCAAGACCGUCGAUGGAAGAAAAGAUAAAAGAUUUCGUUGCAUCUCAUGUCCCCUCCCCUCGAGGAAUACGGCUAAAAGAAGUGAAUCCUAAACCCUGCCAUCUGCUCCACUAUUUGCAAGGCGUCAUUUUAGGCAAACCGGUAACAAUUAGCCCAACACAAAAACAGAACGAAGAAGACGAUGGACGUGGGAGAGGGAGACCCGAAUGGCACUCAUGUGAAAACGUCCAGGAGCUUAGGAAAGUGGACAUCCAUUUUAAGCCCAGUCCCACAAGUUAUUUGACAGAUAUUUCUUUCGAGCCUCUCUUUGGCACCACCGGAUGCCUCAAGCUUCCUACCAUUUCCAUGAACGCCUCCACUAUGAUAAUUUUCUUAAACUUGGUAGCCUUCGAAUCCUCAGAUACCACUAACAACCUUGGUGUAAUCUCUUACCUAUGCUUCCUGAAUUCACUCAUUGCUCGUUGGGACGACGUGAAGGAGCUUCAGGCAGCCGGAAUACUCCGAAACUUUUUUGGCGAACAAAGAGACGUGGCCCAAUUUUUCAACAACGUAUGCAGCAAAUUGGUACCAAAUCCUUCUGCUUAUGAAGAUGUAAAACUACAGAUUCAAAGUCAUGUUGACAGGCACCACAAUUGCAGAUUGCGCAAAUGGCAUGUUCAGUGCAAGCAAAAAUACUUCAGUAGCCCCUGGAGUUUGAUGGCUUUGACUGCUGCAGUUAUAGGACUAUCGCUUACUGCCAUUCAGACUUUCACAUCAGUCUUCCCCCUGUAGUCCACAACUGAUGAGGUACCCUCUUACUCCCAACUCCCACUCUUGUCUUGUCUACAUACUUGCACUACUCAUGCAAAGGGACUAUCGAUCUGAAGAGCUGGAUCUGACAGGCGUCAUCUCCUGCACUACUCAUAUAGAUACAUUUUCAGUCUAUCAUGCCUAGCUACUUAUUUAAUUUGGAGUA